UGCUGGCCAAGCUGAUCUGGGACCUGCAGUCCUUCCUGUCUGUUCUGGACUCAGAGAACUUGAGUUACAUCGCUCAGGCUCAGAAGAAAUCCAUCUCAGAGCUGCUGUCCAAACUGCAAACAAACGACGCUCCUGUGGAAGAUGCUGAGUACAUGAUCAUGAGCUGUCCGUCACUGUCUCCUAGCAACGAGCAGAUAGACUCACCUGGGACAGAAGGUGUCCGGUCCUCUGAGCUGGUCUUAAAGCGGGACUCAUUGGUGUGGCUGAGGAACGGGGGCCCCAUAGUGCCGCCCCCCCUCCCUCGAGGAGGCCUUGGAGGUGAUGAUGAUGAAGAUACCUACGAGGAGGCAGAACCUUACGUCGCUGACACAACCACAUCCAACACUGAGAAGGCGGAGUCCGACAGCAGUCACUACGAGUCGUACGGGGAUGAAGAUGAUGAUGAUGAGCCGGUGAAGGACAGAGCUCACUACAUCCAUUGGAGCGCCUCCCAGCCCUGCCUGAGGCCCGUCCCCGAGUCCCGGCUCUGCGGCUACCUGUGGAGGAGGAAGUGGCUCGGACAGUGGACCAAACAGCUGUUCAUCAUCAGGAACGACGUGCUGCUGUGUUAUAAGUGCGCCCAGGACCUGCUGCCUCAGCUGGAGUUGAGUCUGCGCGGCUGUCAGCUCGUCUACAAGUCAAAGUGCAACAGGAAGAUCCAGCACCAGCUCAAACUGGUGCCACUGGGCUCGGAGACGCUGGUGCUGGGAUACGGCAGCUUCCAGCAGGCCGACGAGUGGAAGAAGGUCAUAGAGGAAGUGAGUGUUGGAGGUGAAAUGGAGACUCAGAGCUCGCUGUCUCUGAUCCGAUCAGACCAGCGACUGUCCUGCAGGUCCAGUACAGUCCAGACUGACUCUGAGGAGGAGAAACCUUCAGCUCCCUGCAGCUUCAACAAAGACAAAGGUUUCCUGAGCGUGCUGAUGAACUGUCAGUGGCAGAGUCUGCUGUGUCAGGUGGAGGCCGGGCUGCUCAACAUGUUCGGAGAGGAGGAGCAGGAGGAGGAGGAAGAGCAGGAGGAGGGCGGGGAGGUGAAGAGGGAGCGCUCACCUCAGUACACCGUCCAGCUCAGAGGAUGUGAGGUCAGAGCCGGACCCGACACCGACCACUCCUACAGGAUCACACUGAGCAUGCUCGGUGACCAGGUGGCGGUGCUGGAGGUGAGCAGUUCGGAUGAAAAGGAGCGAUGGUUGAAGCUGCUGCAGGACGGAGCCGCCAAUCACAGUCACCAUGGCAACAACACUCAGGAGCACGCAGGUGGAGCUCUCAGACAGGAAGUCGGUGGAAGUGGAGCGUGGCGUUCAGAAGCUGGAGCUGACCGGGAAGAGGACGGUGCAGCUGAGGGCGGGGUCAGAGACCAACCUGGCGUCUGCUGGGAAGCAAAACAAACGCACCUUUAGACAGUCGCUGGCCGUCUGCACUGAGCGUGCUCAGGCGGGCUUCCUGAACCCCCUGCUGCGACGGACGGCCUCAGCUAAAAACACUCUGAGACGAGCUCCUUCGGCGCUGUUCAUCGAACAUGGAAAGGUUUUCCAGAAGAGGAAGGAGUGGGAAACCAAAGCUGCUGCUUGACACCGGCCGUCCAAUCAUCACCUCCCGUCUGCAGACUUCAGUCCUCUCAGAUCCACUGACAUAAAGUUUAACACAUUCAGUGUCUGACUCUAACAUAACAGUGAUCCAGCCUUUAUUCUCUUCAGGAAGCUUUAAAUUUACUAAACACUCGUGAUGUAAAGUUUGUCAUCUAAAACAAAAUGUACGACCGCACCGACUCUCCAUGAACCAACAAACACAUGAACAUAUCAGUAAAUGCAAACACCUGAUUUAGUUUAUUUCCAAAGUUACGUUGGUAGUUUUCUCUACAGUCUCUCAGCUUCUCACUGAUGUUAGCAAUACGGAAGCUAUGAUUAACAAUUGAUGCAGUGUUUUGCUAAUAUUAGCUAAUGAAAGAUAUGAUUAUUAAAUGUUUCUUAUAUCUUUAAACCAUCUUUAAAAUGUGUCUUUUCAACAGACAUUAACUUAGCACAUAGCAGAUCUAAGUAGAGGGAAGGAGGAAGUUGACCGAUGCUUGCUCAACUGUGAUUGGAGCAGAGAGCAAAAGAGGGCGGGGCUUAGGAGUGGUUUAAAUUGUACUUUAGUACAGUAAUCGAGUAAAUGUACUUUUCACCACUGGUUUCUAACAGUUUCUGUUCUCAUGAUCAGCACAAUGUUAUUAUAAACAUACGGCUACGAAUUAUUGAUGAUUUAUGUUUUUUAUGAUAUCAUUUUUAUAAUUACUGUAUUUUAUAAUAAUCUCAGGAGAAUGUUUCUUUGUUGAUGUCAAACUAAACACUGAUCUGUAAAAAGAUAAUAUUAAAAACUGAA